AUGGAGGCACUAGGCACCGUCGCUUCGCUCGCGACCCUAACACAGAUUGGAGACACAGCACUCGAGAUUUGCCGCAGAUCAAGGCAUGCUCCAAGGGAACUGAGCCUGGCCGCAUUACGAGUGGACGCUCUAUCGAGCAACCUUGAGCUUUUGCGAACAUUAGAAACCGAUCUGAAGAACCGGGCCCCGGCCAAUGAUCCUGUUUGCAUAGCCCUCAAACGGACAAUCACGAACGUGGUAGAUUCGCUCACUAUGAUACGAGGACUGCUACCAAAAGCUGUCACUGCGCCUGGUGCUCUUUCAAAGAGGAGUUGUCUGCGCUGGAUCGUGGCGGACAAGGCCAAUUACGACGAAUUGAUGACAGUAUUGGUUGGAACAGAAAGCUCUAUCAAUACAGCCUUGCAGCUUGCGCAAUGGUAUCACAGUUCGUUCAUGGCUUGGGGCAUUUCUCACGAUGACAUGGGGAAAGUUCAGAACGCCGAACAAAAAGACUUCGAGGAUAAUAGAUCAAAUGAAUCGCCGCCAAAUGGAAUCCUGCAACCUGGAGAGUCAGGUAACCAGACAAACAAAAUCAUGCCAGACACUAGGUUGGUGCAAUGCAUACAGACUACAGCCCCUCGUUGCCGGAGAAGCAGCCAUCUAUGGGGUCUGUGUAACAUUAUCCAUACCAGUGCCUACGCCGCAUCUUCCAAUCGGAGCACAUACGUCUUCUCCAUUCAAUUACAGCUUCUAGCACGGUUGAGCCUGAAGAUUGAUUUCAUGGCCCGAUCUUGGAUGUGGAACAGCAGCUCGAGUCUGCUCUUCGAUGGCGGCCGCAUCAGCGUCAAGCAACUUGUUCCUCCAAACAACGCGUUCAUGAAAGCAUCGAAAGAGGGCGACAUAUCAACGAUGCGAGCACUCCUUCGUACCGGUCAAGCUUCUCCCACCGAAGUCACCGAAGGCGGCGUGACUCCUCUGUGCCUGGCCAUACAAAAUGGUCAUACGCAAGUGGUCGAGCUUCUACUGAAUGAAGGGGCCGACGUGAACGAGCCGUUCGGAAAGAAACAGACUUCUCCACUUUCUUGGGCAUUGAAGCACCGGCAAAUUGACGUCUGCAGAACGUUGCUAAAGUACGGGGCAUCCUUUUAUCACCUAAGUAUCUACAACUGGUCGCCCAUCUUCUAUCUUUGGUCCAAAACCAUGCGCCAUCCACCGUCGACUAACUUUAUUUCCAUGCUCCGGACGAAUGUCAUUGAGUUCCCGUGGCUUCAUCGAGAUGUUGUUGACACCGAAGGCUGGGGCCUCAUGCAUCGAGCUGCAGUCUUCGCCAUACCUGAGGAUGUUCAGAUGCUGAUGGAUUCUGGUGUCGAUUCAUUUCAAUCCAUAGGUAAGUUGGGCUGGAUGGUGUUGCAUAAUGUGGUCCAUUUUGGCUUCCACGACAAUUUUCACGUCCUCUAUCCAGAGUACGAGAAGAGAUACGGCAAGAGUGUCGCGACGGAGCUGCCCGAUUCCAGAAACUGGACGCUAUUGCAUAUCGCUGUUGCGAAAGGCCACGAUCCGAUUGUUCGAAGCUUGCUGGAGUUAGGUUCAGACUGGCAUGCCUUGACGAGGCCGAUAGAGGAUAGCGAUACGCCAGAAAGUGUUCGCGGUGUGAAGUGCUCGCCCAUUCGCCUGGCGUUAGCAUAUGGAGAACAUCGAUAUCGUGAGUUGCUGAGAGCAAUCGACGACAUCAUCUGCUCCAAGGACGAAGAUGAGUGGUAUGAUGCCGAUGAUCAGCUAUGGUAUGACGCGGUGGAAUACAUUGUGUAA